AUGCCCGGACCCGAGGAUCAAGAGGUGGCCAAGAAACCUGAGAGUGAGGGGACUUAUGCAGAGAAGAGCAAGGAAAGAGAGUUCUCCUUCUCUCCUUCUCGCCCAACUCUCUCGCGACCAAAGCACCGCUCUUCUCCACCAUCUCCGUUCGUCCCUUCUGACCAUCCACCACCUAGCUCGCCCCUCACUCGCCCCGAUUCGCCGCUAUCUCUCCUAAUCGCGACAACAACCCUAGCCCCAAAUUUUCGUCCGACCAUCACCUCGCCAACGAUUCCGGCCAGUCUUCCAGGCGACCGACGACCUACUUCUCCGGCGAACCACGAGCUCGCGAAUCACGAUCCCUUGUUCUUCAGUCGGGCAACAACCACUCGCCUACUCUCCACUGCUCGCGACAGCUCCCGCCUAGCCUCCGCCGUCCCUUGCUCAUCUCUGGCCCGCGCCAUCACACCUCCGUCCACCAGCACCGCCGGCGUCCGACUUCUCUGA